AUGGGCUUUUCAAUUAUUAGAGAUGGUGCCAGAAUUUUGGCUAGGUUUGGAUUCUUUAGCGGCCAUCAUGUUCACCAUACGCUAUUUUUAAAAUUUGGUCCAGUACGAUUUAACUCAUCUGCCAAAAGCCGAUGGCUCGAUAGGCAGAAAAAUGAUGCAUUUACGCGAGAAGCCAAAGUUUUGGGUCUGCGUUCGCGUGCUGCCUUCAAGUUGAUGGAAAUUGAUGACAAGUUCCGGAUUUUCAAAAAGGAUUCCCCGCAAUGUGUUCUAGAUCUGGGAUACGCGCCUGGAGCGUGGUCCCAAGUUGCUCAAGAUCGAAUAGGGCACAAUGGGAUGAUUUUGGGAGUGGAUAUCCUCCCAUGUACACCUCCAAGAGGGGUCAGUGCCAUCCAGGCUAAUAUCCUUUCGAAAAAAACGCAUGAACUUAUCAGACUCUUUUUCUGCAAGCACUUCGAGUUGUAUCGACAUGACAGGCUUCAUUCCGAAACCGGCUACUUUCACGACGCGAAUGAAAAUGAUCCAUCUCGAUUUCAGCAAGCUCAAGAAUAUAGAGAGAUCUUUUCAUCAGAUGAAUACCCAAAUCUCAAAGUUGCCUUGCGAAAUCAGCCGCUCGACACGAUUCUAAGCGAUAUGUAUGAACCUUGGCCACAAACUACGGGUUUUUGGAAUAAUCUUACUAAUAGCGCAUACUCUAGGAUGGCCAACACGUCAGGUUUAGCAAUACGGGAUCAUGUUAUGUCAAUGGAUUUAUGCGACGCUGCUUUGAUAGCCGCUAUAGAUCUUUUAAAGCCAGGUGGAUCCUUUGUUUCCAAGCUUUAUACCGGUGAAGAGGAUGAAUUGCUCGAGAAAAGGAUGAAAAUGGUGUUCUCGACUGUGCAUCGCUACAAACCGCAGUCAUCACGUAACGAAUCGAAGGAACUUUAUUUCGUCGGUCUCAAGAAAAGGAGUCAGGUAGACAAACUGCGCGUCUUUUCGUGCUAA